GGUUGCCGUGGUCCUCCUGGAGCAGCCUUCGUAGACAAGUUAAUCCUUCUCCCUACUCAUCAUUCGUCAUGGUUGCCCUCAAUUUUCGUGCCAUUGGCGCUUUGCUCAGCUUGCCCUUUUUGGUCAAUGGCGCCCCGGCCUCCCAUCUUUCGCAAUCCUUUCAGGUUGUCGAGCAUCUCGAUCGAAUUCCUGAGACAUGGCAGCGAGGCGAGCCUCCGUCCCCCAACGCUCCCCUCCGAUUGCACCUAGCGAUGCAGAAUGACGUAUUAGACCAGUUUGAGCAACGCGUUCUCGAUAUUUCCACGCCUGGAAACGAGCAUUAUGGCGAGCAUAUGACCCGUGAUGAGGUGCAGGCAUUCUUGCAGCCACCGUCCUAUACCUCUGAUGCAGUGCUUGCGUGGUUGCUCGAAGGGGGUGUUUCUGAGAAGUCCAUCCAAUUGGACAGUGACUGGCUUCACUUUACCAUUCCCGUUAAGAAGGCCGAGGAACUAUUCAACACCCAAUUCUACUACUACCACAACAAGGUCAACAAGGCCCGGGUCUUGCGGACGUUGGAGUACUCUGUUCCAAAAAUUAUCGCUCCAUAUGUCCACAUGAUCCAGCCGACGACAAAAUUCAGCGAACCUCGACCUCAGUUCAACAGUGUUUUUGAACAACAUGGCCUCCCUAGAGUGCGAAAUGCACGCGUGGAUUGCAAUAGAACGAUUACUCCAGACUGUCUCCGAGACUUAUACAAGCUCGGAGACUUCCGUGCCAAAGUUGACUCACGAAACAAACUUGGUAUCUCGGGAUAUCUUGAACAGUUUGCCAGAUACGACGACUUUGCCCGCUUCUUGGAUCUUUACGCUCCACAAUUGAAGGGCACAACUUUCGAUGUGGUGUCCAUCAAUGGGGGUCGUAACGACCAGAAUUCUUCUUUGAACAGUAUAGAGGCCAGCUUGGACGUUGACUACGCCAUUGGUCUCUCUGGCGCUAAAUCGGUGUAUUACACCACUGCUGGGCGUGGACCACUCAUCCCUGACUUGGAUCAGCCACACGCCAACGAGAGUUCGAACGAGCCUUACUUGGACCAGCUUCAUUAUUUGUUAUCGCUGCCUGACGACCAACUCCCAUCGGUGCUUUCCACAUCCUACGGAGAAAACGAGCAAAGCGUGCCGAAGAAAUACACUGAUAUGACAUGUAACCUCUUUGCCCGUCUCGGAGCCCGAGGUGUGUCAGUAAUAUUCAGCAGUGGUGAUACCGGUGUGGGCUCCGCUUGCCAGACAAAUGACGGAAAGAACACAACUCGAUUCCUACCCGUGUUCCCUGCUGCUUGUCCGUUCGUGACUUCGGUCGGUGCCACACACAACAUCAACCCAGAGAGGGCGAUCUUCUUCUCGUCUGGAGGAUUCUCCGAUAGGUAUCGACGCCCGUGGUACCAAGAACAUGCAGUGGGACAUUAUCUCCGCCGACUUGGCAGUCGCUGGGAGGGCCUAUAUAACCCAGCCGGCCGUGGAUUCCCAGACGUGGCGGCUCAGGGACUCAACUUCUCGGUGGUGGACCAUGACAGAGUCAUCGGGGUAUCUGGAACAAGUGCCUCUGCGCCGGUCUUCGCCGCCAUUGUCGCCAACCUCAACUCAAUUCGGCAGGAGAAGGGCAAGCCUGUGCUUGGCUUCCUCAACCCCUUCCUCUACACAGUCGGGCGCUUUGGCUUCACGGAUAUCGUGCAUGGAGGCUCGACUGGAUGCACAGGCAAGGACAUGUACAGUGGCCUGCCAACGCCGUUCGUGCCUUAUGCUAGCUGGAAUGCCACAAAGGGCUGGGAUCCAGUCACUGGGCUGGGAACACCUAACUUUGAGGUGCUUAAGAAGCUGGUUACCAUCUUCUAAAGAUGGAAUUCCUUUCGACCCUGCAUUGAAGCAGUUAAUUGGGUGGUAGGAGCUGUUUCCAUGUAUACAUCAGCCCUGAUAUCACCAUUCAUAUGCUCCUGUCAAAUUCAGUGGUUUUGCACAUGUAUAUACAUGGUUUGGUAGAUCAACAAAUAUAAUGAAUAUUAUCACGAGAAGGCAAACGGAGAGGAGACAACAUCUUCAACAUCCAAGAGGCUCCAAUAAAGAGCUUUGAUUUUAGUUCCUCACGUGUAUUCGAAUACUUCGCAUCAACCUUUUUGGUAAUUCGGCAAGCACGGAGUACAGAGUCGAGGCGUGCCCAGAUUAUCCAGAGAUUAUGUAAUUCGAUGACUUCGAUCACGUGAGAGACAGAAAUGUUAUUGGUCGAUUUCUCUUGUGGGAUGUUUGCUUGCUCAUCAAACACCCAACCGUCAAAUCAGCAGCAUCUUGGAUCAUCCGUCGUCCUCCGGUGGCAAUAACCCAACCAACAUAUCUUUGUGUUCGCAGUACCUCUCUCUCACAUUGAUUAGGGGCCCCUCCGUCUAACCCCGGGAAUACUUGACCUGGCCCCGCACUUUGUAUCGGCCUGUGUGAAAAGUCACAAACCCAAAAGGGAUCGAAACAUGAGGUGUUCUCCAUACGGUUCCGAAUGCUCCUCCCCUCUUGCUAGAACAAGUUUAACAUAGAGCUUUCUUCUCUUUAACCAUGCCUUGUCAAAUGAACAGCGAGUCAAGGAAAAAAAGCACCACCAAGCACCCUGGCCUCUGUCAAAUGUGCGGGGAAGCAGUACGAGGAGUCCCUACCUCUCUCUCAACCUCUCCAAUCAGCGCCAUUUCAUGCC